CGUCACGCAGUGUGUUGUCAGGGACUCGCCCGGGAAGAAGCUUGAACAGCACAGCGCUUCGCUUCUUCAAAAUGGCUGUUAUCGAAGAUGGUGAAUAGGAAGAAAGAAGCGCCGUAAACCGAAAAAAUAGAGAGAAAUACGCAUCUCUAAACGGACCUUCUGACAGGAGAGCAUUUCAACGUUUCUUUUCUGUGAGGUGUCCUAGGUAGUGGCAAUCAUGGACACCACAACUUCCAUCAAGAUGACCACUCUGGCCAUCCAGAACCUCUUCAGCUAUGUGGAGGAAGAAAAUCUGGCUGCUGUAAAAGCCCAUCUAGACAAGUUCAAAGAGGUGGAUGGUCGAAGCGAUAAUGGACAGACUCCUCUGAUGUUGGCCUCAGAGCAGGGCACUCUUGAGAUUGUUCAAGAGCUCAUCCGAAGGGGAGCAAACGUCAACUUGGAUGAUGUGGACUGCUGGUCUGCUCUGAUCUAUGCAGCUAAAGAGGGGCAUGUGGAGGUGGUGAAAGAGCUGCUGGAAAACAGUGCUUAUAUUGAGCAAAGAGACAUGGGGGGUUGGACCGCCCUUACUUGGGCGUCGUAUAAAAAUAGAGUUGAGGUGGCCAAGAUCCUGCUGGAGACUGGGGCAAACCCAAACACCACUGGACUGCAAUACAGCGUCUACCCCAUUAUCUGGGCAGCCGGUAGAGGCCAUGCAGAGAUUGUGAAACUCUUGCUGGAGCAUGAAGCUAAAGUCAACUGCUCUGAUAAGUAUGGCACCACCCCACUGAUCUGGGCUGCUAGAAAGGGUCACUACGACUGCGUGAUGCACCUGUUGGAGAACGGAGCUGAUGUUGACCAGGAGGGGGCGAACUCCAUGACGGCACUGAUCGUAGCUGUGAAGGGGGGAUACACAGAGGUGGUUAAAGAGCUUCUGAAGAGAAACCCUAAUGUAAACAUGACUGAUAAGGACGGAAACACAGCUCUCAUGAUCGCAGCUAAAGAGGGCUACACUGAGAUUGUGCAGGACCUGCUCGAUGCUGGCACAUACGUCAACAUCCCAGACAGGAGUGGAGACACUGUGCUGAUUGGAGCGGUGAGAGGUGGGCAUGUUGAGAUUGUGAGGGCACUACUGCAUAAGUAUGCAGACAUUGACAUAAGAGGCCAGGAAAAUAAGACUGCUCUCUAUUGGGCAGUAGAGAAAGGCAAUGCAACCAUGGUUAGAGACAUACUGCAGUGCAACCCAGACACAGAGACCACCACUAAAGAUUCUGAGACUCCACUAAUCAAAGCCACCAAGAUGAGGAACAUAGAAAUAGUGGAGCUGCUGCUGGACAAAGGGGCCAAAGUGUCUGCAGUGGACAAGAAAGGGGACACCCCUCUUCAUAUCGCCAUACGUGGACGGAGCCGCAGGCUGGCUGAGCUCCUCCUCCGUAACCCUAAAGAUGGCCGCCUCCUCUACCGGCCCAACAAGGCUGGAGAGACACCCUACAACAUCGACUGCAGUCACCAGAAGAGCAUCCUCACCCAGAUUUUUGGAGCCCGACAUCUGUCCCCCACAGAGUCAGAUGGGGACAUGCUGGGCUAUGACCUGUACAGCAGUGCUUUGGCAGACAUCCUGAGUGAGCCCACCAUGCAGCCGCCCAUCUGUGUGGGUCUGUACGCCCAGUGGGGAAGCGGCAAGUCCUUCCUGCUCAAGAAACUAGAGGAUGAGAUGAAGACAUUUGCAGGUCAGCAGGUGGAGCCGUUGUUCCAGUUUUCCUGGCUGGUUGUGUUAUUAUCGCUCCUGCUGUGCGGCUCUGUAGCGCUAGUGCUCGGCUUCACUGUGGAUCCCAAGCUGGCUAUUGCCAUCUCUCUCAGCAUCCUAGCACUACUUUAUGUGUUCUUUGUGGUUGUGUACUUUGGGAGCAGGCGUGAGGGCGAGAGUUGGAAUUGGGCGUGGGUCAUUAGCACCCGUCUGGCCCGACACAUUGGAUACCUGGAGCUUCUGCUCAAACUCAUGUUCGUCAACCCACCAGAGCUGCCGGAACAGACCACCCGUGCGCUGCCUGUCAGGUUUCUGUUCACAGACUAUAACAGGUUAUCUAGUGUGGGUGGCGAGACGUCCAUGGCUGAAAUGAUCGCUACUCUCUCGGAUGCCUGUGAGAGAGAGUUUGGCUUCUUGGCCACCAGACUUUUCAGAGUCUUCAAAACUGAGGAGACUCAAGGUAAAAAGAAGUGGAAGAAGACAUGUUGCAUCCCAUCCUUUGUUAUCUUCCUCUUCAUCUUGAGCUGCUUGAUUGUGGGGAUGGCCCUGCUGGCAGUCUUCAAGGUGGAUGGGCAAAACCAGACAGCGAACGCAGUGCUGGUUUCCAUGGCGAGUGUUGUUGGGUUGGCGCUGUUGCUUAACUGUCGCACCUGGUGGCAGGUGACAGACUCAGUGCUGAACUCCCAGAGGAAGAGGCUGCACAGUGCCGCCAACAAGAUGCACAAGCUGAAAAGUGAAGGCUUUAUGAAGGUCUUGAAGAAUGAAGUGGAGCUCAUGGCUAAGAUGGCCAAGACUAUAGAUGGCUUCACCCAGAACCAGACACGUCUAGUUGUCAUCAUUGAUGGUCUGGACUCUUGUGAACAGGACAAAGUGCUACAGAUGCUAGACACGGUGAGAGUGCUGUUCUCCAAGGGUCCUUUCAUCUCUAUCUUCGCCAGUGAUCCUCACAUCAUCAUCAAAGCAAUUAACCAGAAUCUAAACAGCGUGCUGCGUGACUCCAACAUCAACGGCCAUGACUACAUGCGCAAUAUUGUCCACCUGCCUGUCUUCCUCAACAGCCGCGGCCUCAGCAGUGCAAAGAAGAUGUGUGCGCCCGCUCCUGCUAAUGGAGAGACUGGGAACUCUGAGGGUUGGCAUGAGGAGUUGGACAGAAAGUUGUCCCAGAACAGCCUGGGUGACCAGACCAAGUUUGGCAGUAAAACGACUCUUAACCGCAGGGAUACUUAUCGCCGUCGACAGAUGCAGAGGUCAGUUACGCGUCAGAUGUCCUUUGACCUCACAAAACUGCUCGUAACUGAGGACUGGUUCAGUGACAUCAGCCCUCAGACUAUGAGGAGACUGCUCAACAUUGUGUCAGUCACAGGCCGCUUGCUGAGGGCCAAUCAGAUAAGUUUUAGCUGGGACCGGCUUGCGUCCUGGAUCAACCUGACUGAGCAGUGGCCAUAUCGUACAUCCUGGCUCAUACUGUACCUAGAAGAGACAGAUGGCAUCCCAGAUCAGAACACUCUGAAAACCAUCUAUGAAAGGAUCUCCAAAAAUAUUCCAACCACUAAAGACGUGGAGCCAUUGCUGGAGAUAGAUGGGGAUGUCCGUAGCUUUGAGGUGUUCCUUUCUUCACGUACUCCAGUGCUUGCGGUUCGAGACAUCCGCACCUUUCUCCCCUGCACCGUGAAUUUAGAUCCCAAACUCAGAGAGAUUAUUGCAGAUGUGCGUGCUGCACGGGAGCAGGUGAACAUGGGUGGUGUCACCUAUCCCACGCUGCCUUUGCAGGAGGGUCGUCCAAUUUCAGUCUACAGCCAGCAGUCCUCGGCCUGCUCCCCUACUGCCUCCUACAACGGCCCGUAUAACCCGCCGGGUGUGUCUCCUCAGCCCCACAGCGCCUAUUUCAGCGGCAUGGCUGGGCCGCAACACCCAUUCUACAACAGGCCAUAUUUCCCCCAACAUCUUUACCAGCUGCCUCGGCAAUACGCUGGCAGCUCCUUCCCACCUCAUGUUCUUCCACGUCCAUUCAUUAAAACUGGCUAUCCCAAGGACCCUAGCAUUGGACCUCAGGGUAAGGUACCAUCUUUGAAAAAGAAGCAGGGCUCUGCCUCGGUGGUCUCAGGCACCCCAUCGAUGCUGCUCAGCUCAAUGAGUACAGAUGUUGUCUGUGAGCGUGUCAGACUUAUCGAUGGCAUCGACCAGAACCUGCUUUCUCAGUAUACAGCGACGAUUAAGAAGGCUAACAUAAAUGGCCGAGUUCUGUCUCAGUGUAACAUUGAUGAGCUGAAGAAAGAGAUGAACAUGAAUUUUGGAGAUUGGCAGCUUUUCAGGACAACAGUGUUGGAGCUCCGUCUUGUGGAGAGCCAGAUCCUGCAUGAGGAGGCUCCAAGUGAGCAAGGCAGCAGCACUGUGGAGCCUUGCAGACACACUGGAGCAUCCGUUCACGGAGCAACUGGUAACACAGACACCUCACCCGUGUACAACUUUAACCUCAGCUUUGAGGAGCUCAGUAACGUGGGUUUGGAUGAGCCUCCUAGACAUGCCAACCCUACGUGGAUGGCCACAACUCACCGUACACCUAGCAUGUCCAGCCUCAACUCUCAGGAAUCCUCCAAUGAAAUUUGCAAGCUAACAGACAAGCAGCAGGCAGAGUAUCGCAAUGCCUACCAGGAAUACAUUGCCUCCAUGGCUCAGCUUGAGGUAGGAAUGGAGAAGCCUGUGCCACCUUUUGUUGGCCAGCUAAUGCACUCCAGCUCUGAGGACAAAAAGAAGGAUGCAGGUGACCAGGAUUUGCGUAAAUCCGUUUCAAAACGAGGGAGCAGCAAGUCUGCGACCGAUAAUACUGACUACGCCUCGGCAGAUACGGCCACUUUAGAUCCCAUAACAGAAGAGGAUGAGAAGGUUGACCAUGGGUCAUCAAAGUCCCUUCUGGGACGCAAGUCAUCUGGAGAGAAGGUGAGCCUCUUCCAGGGUGCUGAUCUGAAGCUGAAGGCUGGUGGCGGUUUACGCUACCAGAAACUUACCAGUGAUGACGAAGAGUCUGAAGAGUCAGACAAUGCCCCUCUGCUCAAGGAUGGAAAGAAACCUGAGCCCAAAGCCUCCGAUGCUGGAGAUCGAUCUCUGUCCAAGGGUAAGGAUUAUCUCUCGGAUAAGAAGGAUUCUUCUGACUCGGGCGUCCGCUCCAACGAAAGCUCGCCCAACCAUUCCCUGCAAGAUGAAGAGGCCGACUUGUCACAGUCUGAGAGGGCUAAUCUGAUUGAUCUAGACGAGGAGAACUCAGCCCGAAAGCGAGGGCUGCCGAGUAGUCUGAGUGGCCUCCAAGACCCAGCUAUCGUCCGCAUGUCCAUCUGCUCAGAGGACCAGUGCAGUCUUCUGGCCAGCAGCCCUGAAGAGAGCUGGCCUUCCUCCAAGAGUUACAACCUCAACCGUACACCCAGCAACACCACCCUCAAUAACAACACAAACGCCCAACAAGGAAACAACGUUCGCCAACCCACAGAUAGCUCCAUCACCACCUCCACGACCACUGGAAGUGAUGUCAUCAUAAAUCCUGGAUCCAGCACCACCUCCAUCACUCCCCAAAAUGAGAACAUCCGUGUGGUGCAUCUGAAGAGGGGGCUUAACUCUGGAGAUCCUCCUGAGAUCCUUAAAGUGUCCUCUGACACAGUCACCUUCGGUGAAGAGCGAGAAAGUAUCCUGUAGGUGACGUCUGGAUCUAUCGCAGUCUGGUUUUAGCUGGUUAAUGUUUUGUGGUGUCAACGCAUGUUUGGUGUAAUGCUUAAAUACGUGUAACGGUGGUUAUUGUGACAUUCAAAUGUUAAGUGUAGUUGAAGUGGGUGAUAAGUUCUGUAUUGUUUAUAUAUUCUGUGUUGUUCUGUAUCAUUUCCAAACAGUAUUAGUAGCUUAAUCACUUAUUAAAGGGUUAGUUCACCCAAAAAUGAAUUACUCACCCUCAUGUUGUUCCAAACCCGUAAGACCUUCGUUCAUCUUCGGAACACAUCUUCGGAACGACCUUCCGUAUGUUCAUCUUCGGAACACAGUGAUUCAACCUUAAUUUUAUGAAGCGACAAGAAUACUUUUUGUACACAAAAACAAAACACUAAAUAAUGAGUUGGCGUAAGUGCUGCACUGUCUAUACAACGUAAUACAGCGUAGGAGAAUGACGGGGAAGAGACGAAUUUGUUGAAAAAAGUUAUUUUUGGUUUUUUGCACAAAAAGUAUUCUAGUCGGAACGCCGGCUCAGUAUUGGACGACGCUUCAUAAAAUUAAGGUUUGAUCACUGUAGUCACGUGGAUUAUUUUAACGAUGUCUUUUCUAUCUUUCUGGGCCUAGCAAGUGGUGAUUAAAUUGCUGUCUAUGGAGGAGUCAGAGAGCUCUCGGAUUUCAUAAAACAUAUCUUAAUUUGCGUUCUGAAGAUGAACAAAGGUCUUACGGGUUUGAAAAGACAUGAGGGUGAGUAAUUAAUGACAGAAAUUUCAACUAACACUUGAAUGUCACCAGCUGAAUGACUAUAAAGCAUUUUUGAAUCACCGCUGUAGGAUUCAGUAGUGUCUCCCAAAGGAAAAUACUGUAGUACCUUGUCAUGGUAAAGCUACCCAAACAAACUUGUGUAAAAUCCAUUAAAAAGUAUGAAUAUGGGCAUUCAUUCUGGCUUGAAAAUGUGUUGUAUCGAGUUGUACUGCACGCGGUCAUUGUGCUGUAGUUACAGUAGUGUAUAAGCAGUGACGAGCAUGUGUCAGACUGCAGUAAUAAAUUAGCCAGUAGAAACUGCAUGCCAUGUGAUGUUAGUCUUAGCGGUUAACUGUACCAUUGGCAGCCGUGUUUUGUGAUGCUUGUCUUCAACAUGGAAUGAAAUAAACCUGCAUUGACAGUAA